AUGUGGGGUUACAUGAUCCGUGUCUCGUGUGGGUUUCAUAAAUCUCGGAAUAAAUUAACAGAUUUUAGGAAUAAAUUUGUGGUGAAAAAAAAAAAAGAAAAAGAAAUGAAGUAUAAAGAUGAUAAACCAGGAAGACAACAACCUGAAAAAAGUUCAAGAGUGGUAUCCAUAGCAAUAUCGUUUGUGGUUCUAUGUGGGCUUUCAUUUUAUCUUGGUGGGAUCUUUUGUUCCGAAAAGAACAAAAUUUCUAGUUUGCAAAUUGGUAAAGAAGUCGAAUCCAUUGAUCAAACUGUUUCUACUCCGAUUCAAGUGAAAUCAGUUUCAUUCCCCGAAUGCAGUCCUGAAUUACAGGAUUAUACCCCCUGCACCGAUCCUAAGAGAUGGAUGAAAUAUGGGCGACACAGGCUGACGUUCAUGGAACGUCAUUGUCCGCCAGUAUUUGAUAGGAAAGAAUGCUUGAUUCCACCACCAGACGGAUACAAGGAGCCGAUUAGAUGGCCAAAGAGCAAGGAUGAAUGUUGGUACAGGAAUGUCCCGUAUGACUGGAUCAACAAGCAGAAGUCGAACCAGCAUUGGUUAAGGAAAGAAGGGGAGAAAUUCUACUUUCCGGGUGGUGGUACUAUGUUUCCCAAUGGUGUUAGUGCGUACGUUGAUUUGAUGCAAGAUCUAAUUCCGGGGAUGAAAGAUGGAACUGUUCGUACAGCCAUUGAUACCGGAUGUGGGGUGGCUAGCUGGGGAGGUGAUUUGCUUGAUCGUGGCAUUUUAACGGUGUCUCUUGCUCCGAGAGAUAACCAUGAAGCUCAAGUUCAGUUCGCGUUAGAACGUGGGAUUCCGGCGAUUCUUGGAAUUAUAUCAACGCAACGUCUCCCAUUCCCAUCAAAUUCAUUCGACAUGGCUCAUUGCUCAAGAUGCCUCAUCCCAUGGGCAGAAUUCGGUGGGAUUUACCUUCUUGAAGUACAUAGGAUCUUGCGUCCGGGAGGAUUUUGGGUGCUCUCGGGCCCACCCAUUAACUACAAGCGUCGAUGGAGAGGUUGGAACACGACGAUUGAAGAUCAAAAGUCCGAUUACGACAAGUUGGAAGAACUUCUGACUUCGAUGUGCUUUAAAUUGUACAACAAAAAAGACGAUAUUGCUGUUUGGCAGAAAACCACCAAUAACGAUUGCUACAAACAGCUCGAUGCUCCCGAUAACUAUCCACCAAAAUGCGACGACGGGACUGAGCCCGAUUCCGCCUGGUACACCCCGUUGAGGCCGUGUGUGGUGGUGCCGAACACUAAUUUGAAGAAAUUGGGGUUGGGAUCGAUCGCAAAUUGGCCGGAACGAUUGCACGAGGCUCCGGAUCGGAUCGGUGAUGUUCGUGGUAGCAGCGCCGGAGACUUCAAUCGCGAUGAUAAGAAAUGGAAGAAUAGAGUGAAGCAUUACAAAUCGUUGCUUCCGGUUCUUGGAACUGAUAAAAUACGGAACGUGAUGGACAUGAACACGCGAUAUGGAGGUUUUGCUGCCAGUUUGAUUGAUGAUCCGCUUUGGGUCAUGAACGUAGUGUCGUCUUAUGCUCCCAAUACACUUCCGGUGGUUUACGAUCGGGGGCUCAUCGGAACUUUCCAUGACUGGUGUGAGGCAUUCUCGACGUAUCCUCGAACAUACGAUCUUCUUCAUGUAGACAGCCUAUUUACAUCCGAAAGCCAUAGGUGUGAGAUGAAAUACGUGUUGUUGGAAAUGGAUCGGAUCUUGAGGCCAAACGGGUACGCCAUAAUCAGGGAAUCAAGCUAUUUUGUAGAAGCCGUUGCUAAGAUAGCAAAGGGGCUGAGAUGGAGUUGUCGUGUAGAAGCCACCGAAGAUGGUAAUGAAAAAGAAAAAGUUUUGAUAUGUCAAAAGAAACUCUGGUACUCGCAGCAGAACUCAUAGCAAAAAUAUCAGAAAAUUGUGUCAUUUUUUGUUUCAAUAUUAUAUUAUAUAAAAUUUAAGUAUUCAAGAAAAGGAAAGAUUAGUUACCUCAAUUAAAAUCAUAUUACUAUAUUAGGUUAGAUGUCUCAUGUCUGUGUUGUAAAAGAAAUAUAUUUUGAUUUUUAAUUAUAUACUUUUUCCGUGUUCUUUUCUUGGUUUUUAUUUUAAUUUUUUAAACCUGUUUAUCGUGACUAUUGUAAGACCAAAUUCUUAUCUUAUUGUAUGUAACAUAUUUGUGAUUCUUCCCGAUUUGUAUUGCAAAUAGUGU